CCUGAAGUGACUGUCCAUACCUAGACGUGGAUACUCUGACGUAUCUUCCGGUCUGAGCUCCGCCCGUUGAUCGGAAGUCCGGAGAAGAGCCGGAAAUCCGGAGAGGAGCCCGUGGGGCGACCACGUAGGGGUCAGAGCCAACGUGGGGGGUCAGAAGAGCGGAAGUAAUCGGAUUUUGCACAGCCGUAAAGCGCAAUCUGUCGGACCACCUUCCGGUUAGCGACAACGGCCGGCUCGGACGCCGGUGCCAUCCUUCCUGUAGACUACGCCUCGGUCGGACCUUCGGCGAUCCACGGUUCGCCUCAGCUCUUCCCCGUUGGUGCGCCCUUUCGCCAAGAUCAUGUUCAAGAAAUUUGACGAGAAGGAUUGUGUGUCCAACUGCAUCCAGCUGAAAACUUCUGUUAUUAAGGGUAUUAAGAGCCAGCUGACUGAACAGUUUCCAGGUAUCGAGCCGUGGCUUAAUCAAAUCAUGCCUAAGAAAGAUCCCGUCAAAAUAGUGAGAUGCCAUGAGCACAUGGAAAUCCUUACAGUCAAUGGAGAAUUGCUGUUUUUCAGGCAGAGAAAAGGACCUUUUUAUCCAACGCUAAGAUUACUUCACAAAUACCCGUUUAUCCUGCCACACCAGCAGGUCGACAAAGGAGCCAUCAAGUUUGUCCUCGGUGGUGCAAAUAUCAUGUGUCCGGGUCUAACAUCUCCGGGAGCGAAGCUCUACACCGCCGCAGAAGAUACGAUAGUGGCGGUCAUGGCCGAAGGCAAAGAGCACGCCCUGUGCGUUGGAGUUAUGAAGAUGGCUGCAGCGGACAUUGAGAAAGUCAACAAGGGGAUCGGCAUUGAGAAUAUCCAUUAUCUAAAUGACGGGCUGUGGCACAUGAAGACAUAUAAGUGAGCCUUAGAUGCAAUACACUUGAGCUAAAUAUAAAUAUUGUGUUGUAUCUGUGUGUGUGUGUCUGUAUGUGACAUCAUGAAGACAAUGCCUCUGUGGUUAUGAUGAAUAAAUUCGACAGAUGCCUUUAAAAACCGAUAUCGGGGUGUUGUAACCACAGGAGCAAGCAGAAAUUGGAGAACGAGCAGUGGCUUGCUGCACUUCCGAA